ACCGUUUUUAGGCAAUUCCAAUUACAACGCUCGAGACGUGCAGCGUUUGAUUAAAAAAGAAUUGAUUCGAUUUCGUUUUCCGCGCGAUGCCCAUUAGUAUUAACGCGUCGAAAAUGUCGUUUUCAGGCCAAAGAAGUUGAGCUGGGAAGGUCACUUGGACUCGACCGAUCAAAACAAUAAUAUCACAAUGACAUCCGAGGAUUUACUCCAACCGGGACAUGUAGUGAAGGAACGAUGGAAGGUGGUGAAAAAAAUCGGUGGUGGUGGAUUCGGGGAGAUUUACGAAGGCCUAGAUUUGAUAACGCGCGAGCAAGUGGCCCUCAAAGUGGAAUCGGCCCGGCAACCCAAGCAAGUUUUGAAAAUGGAAGUGGCCGUUUUGAAGAAACUGCAAGGAAAGGAGCACAUUUGCAGAUUUAUUGGCUGUGGCAGAAACGACAGGUUUAAUUACGUCGUGAUGCAACUUCAGGGACGGAAUUUGGCGGAGUUGAGAAGGGCCCAGCCGAGGGCCGCCUUCAGUCUAUCCACUACCUUACGUUUAGGUCUACAAAUACUUAGGGCCAUCGAAAGUAUACAUUCUGUCGGGUUUUUACAUCGUGAUAUUAAACCUAGUAAUUUUUCAAUGGGUAGAUUACCCUAUAACUGUAGAAAAGUGUACAUGCUAGAUUUCGGUCUCGCUCGACAAUACACAACGGCGACGGGCGAAGUGAGAGCCGCUAGGGCUGCGGCGGGUUUCCGGGGCACCGUGCGCUAUGCCAGCAUCAAUGCACACAAAAACAGAGAAAUGGGCAGACACGACGAUUUGUGGAGCUUGUUCUACAUGCUGGUGGAAUUCGUAAACGGCCAGCUGCCUUGGAGGAAGGUCAAAGACAAGGAACAAGUCGGAUUGAUGAAGGAGAAGUACGAUCACCGGUUGCUUUUGAAACACUUACCGUCCGAUUUGAAACAAUUCCUCGAUCACAUACAGAGCCUUGAGUACGCCGACAAACCCGAUUACCAGAUGUUGAUAUCUCUGUUCGAGCGGUGUAUGAAACGAAGAGGCGUAAAGGAAUCCGAUCCCUACGAUUGGGAGAAACCCGCGCAGACCGACAACCAAGCGGCUUCUCAGACGGUUUCGACCGCCACCCAACCGGCCCUCGCCCCGACGACGGUGCCUCGACACACGAGACAUACAACCACAACGGAUAAUAACCAAGAAAACAUCGAACCUACCGACAACAAAGAGGCACAAUUGGAUGCCAGAAGGCGUAUCGAAACCGAAAACACAGCUCCUCUAGUCACGGAUAUGCAAAUAAAUCCCAUUCGAGCUACGGUCGACAAGAACUGCAACGCCACCGCCGUCGAUCAAACCCAAAAUCGCAAACGCCGGGCCACCUCUCACCUGGACCAGCCGCCCGACCGAUUGGACAACGAAGCCGUCGCCUCGGCCAAAUCGACGUCGGAGGCCGCCAAGCCGGCGCCGUUGCGCAAGAGCCAGUCGGGCGUCGCGACGCUGGGUAGAUUGCGCGUGGUGACGCCGGCCGCGGCGCCGCCGCAGACGGGCAGUCUGGUCGAUUCGCCGGCGACGCCCGAGCAGGAGAGGCCGCGGAGACGGCAGCCGUCGGCGGCGAGGAGCUCGCGCUCCGGCUUGAGGGAUCAGAGCCUGACGCAAUUCGCCGUUAUGGACGACGAGAACGUUAGUCAGCAGAUGACGAGAGGCGGCGCUUUAACGCUAGCCAGCCAAUGGAAAUCCCAAUUCGACGACAGCGAAGAGACGACGGAUAACGAAUGGAAGCCGGAGAGUCCCGAACAUCGCGGCACGCUGGCCACGUCGGAGGCGGCGCCCGCCGCCCUGCCUCCCAUCCUCAGCAGAAUAAGCGAGGAUUCGCGCGCUAGCCACAAACGGUACAUCAAUAUCGCCGGCAUCGAGGAAUAUCCAGAACUAGUCGGCGGUUUACCACGCGCUUGGUCCACCCCCAGCCUGGGCCCGUACGUUCGAUCGGCGUUGAAGCCGCCGCUGUUGCAACAGGCCGCCUUCGACGAUCUCGUUUUCAAAGUGGACGUGAUGCGAAACGUCGCUUCCAAGCAUCUGCUCGCCGACAACGAUGAGCAACGCCAAUCGAAGUUGACCGAUUCGCACCGAUGCAAUAGCCUGCCGGUGAUCAACCUGCCCGACAAAGAGGCCAGGAACGGCGACGACGAAGGUUUACAGGAGGUGGCUGGUAAAUUGGAAAUCCGAGUAGUGCCAAAGGAGAAGGCGACGAGGCCGCAGAAUUUGUCAACGAAGCCGCCCGUUCAGAACGGUCAUUCGGAGGCGGCGUCGGAGCAGAACAACGACGGGCGUCGCGCUAAGGAUUCGCCUCAGAAACCGAAGGUGGAGAGAACGAAGAGCAUACUGAAGCAAAGCAGCAAAGAGAAGGCGGAAUCUCUGGAGCUGCCUAGUCCUAAGAAAGAUAACAUCAGUUUCGCGCCGGAGCUAAUACACAAAGGUAAACAAGACGCGGAAUCGACGAAUAAAGUUUCAUCGGAAGUGCAAACUACAGAAACCAAUAGAGAAGGUGCAGACGACGCGCAGAAAUCGAUUCCCAUAGACAACACGUCGGGAAAUAAUGCUGUCGGUGACAAGAAAGCGGCGACUAAAGAUCUCGGAAGCGGAAUUCCCGCGAAAAAGGCCGGCGAAACGGAAUCGAGCAGUACGGACAGCGAUCAAAAAUUAAGAGACAAAGACAAUUCCGAAGAGAAGAAGCGCAAUAGAAAAUCCACCGUUAAUUUCGAACAAGUCGACGCGCUGUAUCGAAGUAAUUCGCAAAAGGCUAUUUCGAAGCCAAUCGAGGCUGUGAAAAACCAUUUACCGCAUAGUUUGGUGGACUCAAAGUCCGAUAGCAGUUCGAUCACCAAAGGUGAAGGUGAUAACCAGAUAAUAUCGGAAUGUAAAAAUAAUAGACUGAGGUGUUCGGGAUGUAUCGACUUGGGUACCAACCCCAACGUUACAUUCGUCUCCAGUAGUAGCAUUCCAGAAUUAAGAGAAAAGCGAUCUAUCGCUAACGGUCUCAGCCCCGGCAUGGACGAACAAUCCGAAUACUACGAUGCCACCGAGAAUCCUCUGCUGAAGGACAAGCGACAGGAUCAGGACGACGAGGACAGCGGCGUGGAUAAUGCUAGUCAAAUUUUACGAGAAACCUCGGUGAGCCCCUCCGUCGACGGGCGAUCGUCGAAGAUCCCGGUGGCCGUGACCGGCCAGCGAUUGGCCAAGUGCAUGUCGUGGUCGGGCGAUCUGACGCCCGGCCUGCGACGCCGACGCCAGGCCGACAAGUACGUCACGGAUCCCAGCCAGCUUAAGUUGAGGUUCAAGAGGCAUUCGAGCAGCGGGCUUCGGGUGAGAGGCAUCUCGACGUGUCUGAUCGACGCGCCGGAAAGUUCGCCGGAAUCGUCGGAGGGGCCGCCGCCGCCGCCCGACGGCGACCCGCCGUCCGAGUCGCAGGUGCGCUGCCGCCGCUUCAGGCCCGUCACAUAGCCGCCCCGGUGGCGGCGGAGCGCCGAGCGCCGGACAUAGAUUCUUUUAUGAUUUUCAAAUUGAUUUAUUGUGAUUCGGGGGAUAUUGAGAGUUUUCCCGGCUUGUUUUCAAUUGGGAGAAAUUCGUCUCGCCCGGCCCCAAAACCGUUCUAUCUGUCGCCUCGUUGCGAGUUAUUUGGCUGGAAAACUAUUUGUACUUGUCCGAUUUGUGCUCUUCUAUAUUUAGAACUAAAGAAACGCAAUAUUGGAUCACCCUGUAUAGUACAGCGAUACUCAUUCGUUUUGAUGAUAUAUUAGGACUGCGACGAGCUACUUUUGUAUAUAAACUAUAAACUAUUCCAAAUAUUCAAUCACAUAGAGGCUACUAAAACUAAUCAAAUGAUGUAAAAUUUCGAAUCUAUCAAAAAGUCAGUGAGUUUCGAAAGCGGGCUUUUAAUUGCUUGAUAGUUUGUAGGCUACAAUCGCGUGCACAUUGUCCCUUAGCUUGGAUUUGAAGUUUAUUUUUUCCGCCAAAUGUAAGGCGAGAUAGAACAGUUUUCGCGCACUAGCUUUAUCGUAAAAUAAUAUUAUUAAAUAACAAAUUUCGAAGAUAUUUAAGAUUACUAGAAAGUGUCUUGGGCGUCGAAGACACUGUGGUAAUAUUGUGAAAUGUGAUUUUUCUCUGAAAAUUUAGUCGCGCUAUUUAUGAGCGGUGGUGCAUCAUUUUUUUUAAUUGUAACUUGUUUUUUUAACUGUCCUUUUUUUUAAAUUAUUGUUGAUUCGACGAAUUGUUAGCGAUUUCAACAAAUUAUGCACGAUGAAUCGAAUCAUUUUUAACCUUAUACAUUCGACAUUUUUUUAUUAUCACCGAUCAUAUUAAAUUAAUGCUAUUUCAAGCCGUUCAACGGCUUAAAUUUAGUGAUUGUUUAUCAUGCAAAUUAUACACGCAACAUUUAGUUUCAUCGUGUUGUUUUUUGUUGAUUUCUUUUGUCGAAAUAUUUUGCUAUGCUGAAUAAAGAGUAAAAUAUUCUAGUCACAAGUACUGUUAUUUUUUUAAACUGGUACUUGAUGAAUUUCUAGUCAAGUAGUUCUGUACGAGAAGAAAAAUAAUAAGAAAAUUAAAAAUACUCUGUAAAAUAUAUUGAUAUUGCAAAAUACUAGUUAUUACAAGUCGUACUUGUUGAUAAUUUCUAGACUGCUGAUGAAAUUAUUGAAAAAAAA